AUGGAUGUCCCUGGAGCUGCUGCCCCUCCAACUGUCAGGGUAACAGUGAAGACCCCCCAGCAGAAGGAGGAGUUUGCGGUGCCUGUUAACAGAUGCAUCAGGGAAUUCAGAGGAGAGGUGUCUGUGCGUUUCUCAUCUCCCAUCAGCCAGCUUGUGCUGGUCUUCGCUGGCAGGAUUUUGAAGGAUCACAAGACCCUUAGUGAGUAUGGUAUCCAUGAUGAAGCCACCGUCUACCUGGUUGUCCAUUCACAAAGGGGAUCCCAGGACCAUCUUGGCCGGCAAACAAGCUCUUCCCAGGGGGCUUUCAAGAUUCCAGCAGAGAGAAUUGGCAUCUCUGGGCCAGAGACCAGGAGCAGCUCAGCCUUCAAUGCACAGGACCUUCAGGGACUUCUAAACAGCAUCGGCUUGAACACAGUACACUUGCCUGAGUUUCAGAGUCAGCUGUUAUCCACCACCGACAUGACGUUCCAGCUCCUAGAAAACCUCCUCAUUGAGAGCAUGCUUUCCAGCCCUGAGCUGAUUCAGAAAUUAUGCACAGACAGCCCUCUGAAGCAGAUAACCAUCCAGAAAAUCCCCCAAAUCAGCCACUUUCUUAGCACACCAGAUUCAUUAAUACUGGAGCUUGCUAGGAGUCCAGUGACUGUGCGGGAAAUAAUGAGGAACCCCAAAGACACGGAGAGCUGCCUAGGAAGCCUCUUGGGUGGAGAUAACCCUUUGCAGCUAGGGAAUGCUGAAAACCAGGGUUUGAGGCAGAGGGCCACCCUGAAGCAGCCAGGAGGCCAACUCUUUGCUCCUUUCAGAAGCUGCUCUUCCAGAGACAGCAACCAAAGUGUUUUGAAUGCAGAAAUUAGGGAGCCCUUUCUAAAGGCUCAUCCUCUGCAGCCCAACUCCCACAGCAAUGUCAGCAAUGUUCUGAGGACCCCAGGAUGUGCUGGCCCUGGGUUAGCUGUGAGACCUGAAGAAGGGUCUAGUGUAGUCAUGCUCGUAGCUGUAAGAAGGCUCUUGGAGCAGAUCAUCAAGCAGAUUUUGCAGGACAUCCUAUUUUCCCUUAGUGGGAGGGGCAGAGGGCACUUGCCAAGCCAGCAACCUGACACUGCUGCAAAGCAGCUUCAGAAUGCCCCAGCGGUGGGGAAGACUCCUCAAAGGCAGCCACAACAGCAAGUCUGGACCUCAGAGGCGCCAGGUACAAAACCGGGCUCCCAAGGAAUGCAAGUUCUGGUUCAGGUCCUGCAGACGCUGCAGAAACUGGCAGCAGAAGCAGGAGUGACACCGCAGCUCGUAUGCCUUUUGGAGGGGCUGGUGAGCCUCAGCGAUGCAGGGGGGACAGGGCUCCCCAUCUCCGGGCUCUGCAAGAUCUCCUGCCCCGCUUCAGGAGCUCAGAGCCAGCAGGUGCAGAUGCAACAGCACCAGACCCCUAACUGA